UUUUACCAAAAGAUAAGAAAUGGUAUAUUUUUUUAAUUCAAAUAUGGUCUAUACCUCUUAAUGGCAUAGUCAAUAUAAUUUUAUGAGACUGAUAUUGGGUUUUCAUACAAGAAAAUGAAGGCACUUCGGCUCGAGCUCCGCCCCAUCGAAAAGGGGAUUCCCGCGGAAGAAUAUGAAAAAUGUUACAUACGAUCGUAUAUAUUAUGCAUGGAGAGGAAUUUAGAUGUAUGCAGAUGUAAACGUGUAUUUAUACGUAGCAGUUCAACUAAGUAUUCGUAUUCUGCUGUAAAUUCUGAUCUGACGUGACUUGCCCUCGUGGACGAGAAAACUACUUAUAUAAGAGUGGAUUUGCACAUUUUGAUCAUUCACUGCAAACUAUCAUUACCGUGAAGUCAAUCCACAUAUUUUGAUGGACUCGUUUUCACAGAUAAUGUCACAAUGUCACUUGGGCACGACAAACGAAAUGAUGGAUUCGCCCACUAACUUUUACGAUUGCGAAGCGGAAGAGAAAAGAUUCACCGUCAAACAAGAACAAUUUGAUGAAAUUGAGGAAACACACGUUGGACUUGGUGAUCUUCUCCACUGCGAAAAUUCAAUUGAUCUUGGCGUGUACCUUGGAAGAACUGAUUCAAUUCCGCAAAAUCCACUCGAAACUACCGGUGACGGAAUUCUCCGACAACUAGAAGAAUUCGCCUCACAUCAGCAGCAGAUGCUGACUCAAGCUCCUGCCCCAACCCCGGGCGCCCCGGCCCAGCCCAACCAGCAGUCCGUACAUUCCGUUGACCAUCAUUUCGAAACCACAAUAAGCAAUAUGCCACAGAAUACUCAGGCCCACAUUGAACAAUCGGUUCCUGAUUAUCAGUGGAUCAAUAGUAACAGCACCAGUGCAGCCUCUAGCCCAGGCCUACCAACAGAUACAUUUGAUGAGCAAUCCCAAGAUGGUCAUACUCCUGUGCUUAUUUCCAGCGCCAACUCAGCCAGUGGUAGUGGAAGCUCCCAAAAUAAGCGAAAACGGCCUGUCCCUACUCCUGGCACAGAUGAGUACAAGCAGAAGAGAGAACGGAACAAUAUAGCGGUGCGAAAAAGUCGUGAAAAAACAAAAUUGAAAAAUAGAGAGCUCCAGGACAAGGUUGGAGACCUUCAGUCAGAGAACGCUGCGCUGAAAAAGCGAGUUGAAGGUUUGAUGAAGGAGCUGACUGUCCUUCGUAGCCUGUUUAUUAAUACUGGAAAGGCGGCUCCUGCUGCUUUGGAGAAAGCUGUGAAGUAAUGGAAGCCAGGAGCAAAACUUGGACUGUUACUCAGUGUUAGCGGAAACCGACGAAUACUCUUUCACUCGACAAGUCUGUUCUGUCUUAGUCCUCGGUUAAGAUCAUCAAGAAGCAUUUCAGCAGUAGACUGCUAGUCUCUUGGAGGCAGUGAUGUAGACGAGCGCAGAGUCGAGUCGAUAGCAAGGCGGAUCCAGAACUAGAUGGGAGAUUGUGAUUGUGCGAACUGUGAUAAUGAUAUCAACUACGUUCCUUUACAACCAACAACUCUGAUGGUUCUAAGAACUCAUGAACAUGUGCAUGUACUGUAAAAGUUUGUUGCCUCGAAAUGUGAAGAACAAAUUUCCUGUGUGUAACAAGGAAAACGUUUAUCACAUAAGCCCAAGCAUUUAGAUGCUAGCCUUUUGCAUCUUUGAACUGAAUGUUGCAGACAUGUACUUUGGUUGGUUGUUUAUUAUGCAGUGGUCUAUAGCUUAUUUUCAUUUUGAUAUUGAGAGGAUAGCUGGUGGGCAUUAAUGUGGUAUUGUGCUAUUGGCUCAAUAGAUGUUAUGAUCACAUCAAUUGAUGGCUGAUGAUUUAAAGGGGAAAGAUCAUUUAGAAUAUUUUUUGUAGUUAUGCGCCCUAGAUAUUCACAUUUUGUUGCCUGUCUUGUUGUUUCUAAAAAGCCAUUUUGAAAUUAAGUUAUUGGCAAAGAGGAAUAAUGAAAGUAGUUAUCUUGGCUUCUUGAGCUUUUUAAAAGAAAUUUAGCCUGUUUUUUUAAGUUUUAAUUUAUUCACUAGUAGAGUAAUAAGUAAUAUAUUUUCAAUUGGACUGUGAUGUUGAUUGAUAAAGAUCACAAACUUGUCUAUACUGAUUAUCUGAAAUCUGUUUUGGUGUACUAAGGUCCAGUAUAAUUAUUUACUGGUUGUUCAUGUUUGUAUUCUAUUCUUUUUCAUACAUAAUUUCUUCAUGCAAAAUUUGAAUGUACAUGUACAUGUUUGAUUUUUUAAUUAUGAUUUGAUAUAAUUUUUCAGAUGGAAGAAUUGCAGUGUUUUAUGCAAGUUUUAAUGUGGUUGACCUUUAUUGCAUUUACAUGUACAUGAAGAUUAUUUGUUUUUGGAAUAGUGUCAUGUAAUUGUAAAAUCUAAAUAACAUAAAUUAUUGUAUAAAAUAUAUUUUAUAUAACGAGUCAAGAUGUCUAUCAUUGAAAAAAAAACAAUCAGAUUGUGAUCUUUUUGAAGUACAUACAUGUAUGAGACAUAAUAUAUGGUUACUCAAAACAAA